AUGGCAGCCAGGAAAAAUAUAUUUUCAUAUUUGCAGGAGGACUUGUUGGAGUGCAUCUUCAAAUCCCUCAACGACGACCACUACACUUUCAAGUCUCUCACCCUCGUCUCAAAGCACUUUCUCUCCAUCACCAACCGUUUUCGAUUCUUUGCCACAAUCACCGUCGAAACCAUCCCUAACCUUCCUCGCCUCUUCCACCGCUUCCCUAACCUCACCUCCCUCAACCUCUCUAUCCUAUCCAUUUCCGUAGAACAAGUCGACCAACUUCUAGCCCUAAUCUCCACUUUCCCUUUACACAUCAGAUCUCUCAAUCUCUCCAACGGUUUCUACUCGGUUCCUGCAAAUGGCUUGAUAGCUCUGUCAAAAACUAUGAAAAAUUUGAGAUCUCUCAGUUUUUACAGAUUGGUUAAUUACCGCAAGAAGGUUUUGUUCUUGAUCGCCGAUUGUUUUCCUUUACUAGAAGAACUCAACUUCAGUUACCCACGGGUUAGUUGUAGCGCAGAUUUUGAUGUAGAUGUUAAUGAUCCAUUAUUGGCACUUCCCAAUCUCCGCAACAUUAACCUAUCUUGUAAUUUCAUCACUGACCAAUUUAUUAACUUUCUCCGCCACAGCUGCAAGCAUCUUCAAGUCAUCAGGAUCAUAUACAAGAUUUCAAAGCAUCUUGGGGAUGUUGGGAAAAAAUAUGGGAAAUAUGAUAGUAGCGAUAUAAUAUAUUUGUAG